GGUGAAUUUAUCCAACUAAUGGUUAAAGGUCAGGACGGAAGACCUCUUACUAUGUGCCAGCUUAGCAAGUCCGUGUGGAAUGAAGUUUGCAAAAUCAAAAAGUCCGAUUUAGUGAAAUGUUUACGCUCACUGAACAAGAAACACAUAUCAAUUGAAGAAGGGGGACACGUUUCAUUGAUAUCGGUUGAUGGUGGAUGUAACAUUACAACACCAAGGAAAGGUUGGAAGAAGAAAUCUAAAACGGGAAAACACACUGAAAACAACAUAAUGAUAGACAUUGAAGAAACUGAUAACAUGAAUGAAAAUGUUCUGUCGGAUGACCACAUGAAAGAAAUUGAAGGACAAAAGGCAAGCAUUGUUAAUGAAGUGGAUAAUUUGUUUGACGAUACUAUUGAAUAUGACAUUGAAGAGCUUUUAGAAAUUGAAAACCAGUAUACAAAGGCAGGUACAUUUCCAAGGAGGCUCGAAAAUGAUGAACUUAAAAUCAUCUUGCAAAUGUUAAAUCAGCGAAGACCAAAAAAAUGGAACUCUGUUUCAGUUGAAAAGUUGUCUGAGAUCAUGGAAACCAACAUGAAUGUAUUAACCAAAGAGGAAUUGCUAGAUGUUGCCAAAUACUUGAAUAUAACAUUGAAGGGAACAGGUAAAGAAGUUGCAGUUACAAAAGUAAAGAAGUCGGAUCUGGUGGAGCAGUUAGGGAAGCUUUUAAAAAGCACGACUAAAACCCAAACAACGCAGCGGAAGAAAACGACAAAAAAUCCUAAACGUCUACAAGACAUUGCUGCUGGGAUACUAAUAAAAGCGUCAUAUCCAAAGCAAGUGUUAAACAUCGCUUAUGCCGAGUACAUAUGGCCAGAAAGGGUGAAACUAUGGAAAGAGAAAAAUAGAGUGGCACAAACGAUAAUGGUGAAGACGGAAACAGAGGAGAUGAAUUUUGAACCAUAUUACGUACCGGAGUUUGACGAAAACAGUGGUGUUUUCAGGAUUUUCACUUAUGAUAAAACACAUCUCGGAACCAAUUUGCGGAAAUGCAUGUGUCUGGACAAAGUGAGAGGAAUUUCAAUCCAGGCGUGGAAGCAUGUAUCGAAAGCAAGACCUGACAUCCUUCACCCAUCUCUAGUCGAGGUUGAUGAUGAUGGAAGAAUUUUAGAUCAAAUGAAAGAGUCUCUCGCUAGAAGUAUGGUAAGCAAAGAGGUGGAACAAGAAAUGUUGGAACAUGGAUUUGGAAACGAAGCUGAAUUUUGUAGUGUAAUUCGUGAAGGACUGUAUGUUGCUGAUGAUGUUCCAGGCAUAAGCGCAUUAGACAGGUGUAGAAAGAGAAUUUCUCUUAUGCAGUGGUUAGAUAAGGGAGUUGAUUUCAGUCAGUUUCCACCAUAUGGCGGACGUAUUAAAGGCCUCUCACACAUAUUAUAUGAAGGACUCAGACUAAGCCAAGAAGCAAAGAUGUAUUUGUAUGCCCUUGCAAAGUCUGGUACAUAUUGUGUCAGGGCUCCCAAUACACUUUGCAGUGAAUCAUUCUUCGGUACCAUGCAAGAGAUGGACCCAUGGGGACAGGGCAUUCUUAGUUCAAGCGGUGUACAGAAGCAUAUAUCAGAUUUUACAACUAUCACCGCAAUGAAAAUGGAUGAAAAAAGACACGUGUACAUGAAGACAAAGAAGGAUGCAGUUUAUCCGUUACCAAAAGUAGUAUCGUCACAAGAAUUGUACACUAAUGAGGAAGAACAGAAAGAGCAGGAACCAGACGAGAUAGUGCAACAUAGUGGUAUCGAAUGUCACUGUAGACAGGAACGCUUUAUCCAAUGCAUUGUUCCACGAGACCAUUUCUUCGAUUCAGCGGCAAGAGCCAGACUAUACAAAGGCGAAAAAACCUACAAAUCAAGCGUUAAUUCGGGAGUAUUACGAGGUGAACAACCCAUACGAUCACAAUAUUCGUAUAAAAUAAACGAAGCCAGGAUGCUGCCUUCAAAAAGGCUUGGUAUUGAAGAUAAAGUUUAUCAGUGACUUUUUCACAAAAUCAAUUAAUUGUUUCUGAAAGAAAGUGAUCGGGAAGGACAUAAUUAUGCCAGCUUUAAUAAUGGACUUGUCCACUAAAUAGCAUACACGGAUAUACCAAAACAGUAUCUUACAGUAUCAUUAUAGAUUCUAUUUACAUAUAUAUACAUAUAUUGUGAAAGUUAAAGAAACUCGUUUCCACCGACAUAAAUUAAAACAGGAACAGAUAAAGACUCUUAAGUUCUGGUUCUCUGAUAUUACAACAUCGUGAAAUGUCUUGAAUAUUUUGAUGUUAAAAGUGUUUUUUCCAUGACUUUGCAUUUUGCAUAUUGUUGAUAAUAUCAUUUGUCAGUUAAACUUUUGAACAGAGUUGCUAAAUUUUAAGCACAGUUGCCAGCAGUAACAGGUUUGUAUUUUUAUAACACUGUGGAAAACUGCAGUAAAAACAUCUGAAAAGAU